ACAGCUUGCCUCAGAUCACAGGAAACUGUGCAGUCCAGGUCAGUCUGAGCAUGCAGUCCUUGACUGAGGAGAUCCACAAUUUCUCUCGGACGCGGCUGAGGAAGCAGUGCACCCGUGUGACCUCACUGAGUGGCCGUCGCAUCAUCGAGACUUGGAAGGGUUCAACAAUCACUGUGGUCGAAGACCCUGCCCCCCCUUCAGAGAAGAUGCUGGGAUAUGUCCCUGACACUUCCUGGGACCUGCAGGUUGGCAUUGUCAAGCCCUUCCUUCUACUGGGUUCUCAGGAUGCUGCACAUGACUUUGGCACGCUGAGAAAACACAAGGUGUCUCACAUCCUGAAUGUGGCCUUUGGGGUGGAGAAUGUCUUCCCGGACCUGUUCAUCUAUAAGACUGUCAGUAUUCUGGAUCAUCCCGACACCGUUCUCCUCCCUCACCUCCAGGAAUGCUGUGACUUCAUCCAGCAGGCUCAGACUGAGAAAGGUGUGGUGUUGGUCCACUGCAACGCUGGAGUGUCACGUGCACCCGCUGUGGUCACUGGCUACCUGAUGUCAUGUGAUGGCCAGUCUUUUGAUGCUGCCCUCUCAUUGGUCAAAUCAGCUCGGCCCACCUCCUCACCAAACCCCGGCUUCCUGGAACAACUGAGGAAUUACAAAACACCAGCAAUGAAUGGAUCCUGA